AUAAAGAAAAUUAAAUUGAACAUGUCGGGGAUUUUUACAGUCUGGCAGGCAGCUAGCUGACAGCGCUAGCCUCGGCAGCAGCUGGUAGUUAUGGCUGCAGUUAUUCUGAGUUUUCCAACACUACAGGGUCUGAGAAUAUUCACACAGAAGCUGUCAUGGACCAAAAGAGGAGUGAGGCUUGUUUCAGGAGCAGAGGUUGGAAGGAUCGAGAAGGUGCUGAUCGCCAAUCGAGGAGAGAUUGCGUGCCGUGUGAUGCGAACAGCUAAGAAGAUGGGUGUACGCUCUGUGGCGGUGUACAGCGAUGCGGACAGACACUCUAUGCAUGUGGCCAUGGCAGAUGAAGCCUAUCACAUCGGCCCUCCUCCUUCUCAGCAAAGUUACCUCUCUAUGGAGAAAGUUUUGGAAGUGGCCAAAAGAUCCGGAUCGCAUGCAGUCCAUCCAGGCUAUGGCUUUCUGUCUGAAAACACAGAGUUUGCAGAGGCGUGUAAACAGGAAGGAAUCAUCUUCAUCGGGCCUCCUUCCUCUGCCAUCCGAGACAUGGGCAUCAAGAGCACAUCCAAACACAUCAUGUCUGCUGCUGGGGUGCCAAUCAUAGGUGGUUAUCAUGGAGAGGACCAAUCAAAUGAGAGACUGCAGGCAGAGGCUGCCCGGAUUGGAUAUCCAGUCAUGAUCAAGGCAGUCCGUGGAGGAGGAGGGAAGGGAAUGCGUAUCGCUCGGUCAGACUCUGACUUCUUGGAGCAGCUGGAGUCGGCGAGACGAGAAGCCAGGAAGUCCUUCAAUGAUGAUGUGAUGCUGGUGGAGAAGUUUGUUGAAGAUCCCAGACACGUAGAAGUUCAGGUGUUUGGGGACAUGCAUGGAAACGCUGUCUAUCUGUUUGAGAGGGACUGCAGCGUCCAAAGGAGACAUCAGAAGAUUAUUGAGGAAGCACCAGGGCCUGGAAUCAGCGCUGAUGUUCGGAGGAAACUCGGAGAGGCAGCUAUCAGAGCAGCCAAGGCUGUGAACUACGUGGGAGCAGGUACGGUGGAGUUUAUAAUGGAUGCCCAGCACAACUUCUACUUUAUGGAGAUGAACACCAGGCUGCAGGUGGAGCAUCCUGUCAGUGAGAUGAUCACUGGAACUGACCUGGUGGAGUGGCAGCUCAGGGUGGCAGCAGGGGAGCGGCUGCCCCUUCUCCAGGAUGACAUAACAUUAAGGGGCCACUCUUUUGAAGCUCGCAUCUACGCCGAGGACCCAAACAACGAUUUCCUUCCAGGAGCAGGGCCCCUGCUGCAUCUGUCUACGCCUGCAGCAGACCAGAACACUCGCAUAGAGACUGGGGUCAGAGAAGGGGACGAGGUUUCUGCUCAUUAUGACCCAAUGAUUGCCAAGCUUGUGGUUUGGGGAGAAGAUCGAUCUGCUGCCCUAAAGAAACUGCGAUAUUGUUUACGACAGUAUAAUAUUGUAGGACUAAACACCAACAUAGACUUCCUGCUGAGCCUCUCUGGCCACCCCGAGUUCGAGGCUGGACGUGUGAGCACCAGCUUCAUCCCUCAGUACUACUCCGACCUCUUCCCCGCUCCGAGAGCGCCAUCUGGGGAAGCGAUCUGCCAGGCUGCCCUGGGCCUGGUGCUGCAGGAGAGGAAACACACACAGGAGUUCACGCAGGCCUCCGCAGAUCCUUUCUCUCCGUUUGGCUCCAGCAGUGGUUGGAGAAACAACGUUCAGUUUAACAGAAAUAUGACGCUACAGCUGGGAGACAAGAAGGUCGAUGUUGUCAUCACAUAUAACCCAGAUGGAAGCUACAGAAUGCAGGUUGGAGAGGAGGUGUACCAUGUGACCGGGGCCAUGGAGGUGGAAGGUGGAGAUUCGUUCCUGCAUUGCUCAGUAAACCAAGUGAAGUCUCGUCCCAAACUGGUGAUUCUGGACGAUACAGUUCACCUGUUCUCCAUGGAAGGAAGCACCGAGGUUUCUGUUCCUGUGCCAAAGUAUCUGGCUGGUGUGAGUGGGUCAGGGGCUCAGGGCGGAGCUGUCGCCCCGAUGACUGGGACCAUAGAGAAGGUGCUGGUGAGGGCUGGAGAUAAAGUGACUGCUGGAGACCCACUGAUGGUCAUGAUAGCCAUGAAGAUGGAGCACACGAUCCGGGCGCCCAAGUCAGGCGUGAUUAAAAAGGUUUUCUUCAACGAGGGCUCUCAGGCCAAUCGGCAUGCUGCUCUGGUAGAACUGGAGGAGGAGGAGGAAGAAGAGGCCGAGGGGUAGAGGAGCAGCCAGUAGACAUUCACACAGUUAAACCCACAAACACGCUGACGGGCAAAAUAACGGAGGGAAGCUGAGUGAGAUUUGAAAUCAUCUGUUAGAGAGCAACGGUGCAUAGUUUUUCAAAGUUUCAUUUUGGUGGAUAAACUUUAAAAUUUCUCCAAUUUGUUAUUGCCUUUUACCACACAUUACUGCAUCCUGUUGAUGUCAAACUAUGAUUUGUAUCUAGUUUCUUUUUCAAGAUGCCUGCAGUAAAUCGUGCUGUCCUUCAGCAGAGUCGGUCUUGUGUGAUUUUCAUCUGCCUUAACUAUUCAAAGUAUUAGAGAGGGGGAGGUGCAAGUCGCUGAAAAUGCCAAACAAAAAAAUCAAAAACAUCCUUGUCUUCAUUAAUCUAAAGCUACUAACUCCCCAAUAUUUCCAUGUGUAUGGUUAAAAACUCAGGAGUCAAGUAGCAGACUACAUUUGAUCAGUAUCACAUGGUCUUCUUCAGUAUUAUGAUUGUGUCUCAGUUACAUUCCUCACUAAUGAAGUUCUGGACGCCGCUGGAUCUGUUUUUCUGGACAGUGAUAUCUUUUGUCCCUUUUCUAAACAUAUCUGACUCAGUACAUGUGGAAUAGAUAGGAACUCGAGUCUUGCUCCUGCUGACUGUUAUCCUGCUGAAUACUUUGCUGAAGGGUUAACGUUUCUCUCUUUUUUGAUAUGACUUGUUGAUCAUUGGAAUUGGAACAUAUUUCAAUGGGUUCUAGUUAAUUGUGUGCAGAGAAACUUAAGAAAUGUUUUCGCAGUUUAGUUUUUUUAGUGUUUCACCUGCUCCUGCAUGGUUCUCACCAAACAGCAUGGUAUAUCUGAGCACAGGCAGACAAGGUCACACGACAUGGACCAGGGUUGUCCAACUCCAGUCCUCAAGAAGUCAAUGUCUUGUCUGGUUUAGAUGUGUCCCUGCUUUAAAACGCCUGAAUUAAACGGCUUAAUUGCCUCCUCAGCAGGUCAUGCUCUGCAGAUGCCUGGUAGUGAACCAGGGAAAGACCUAAAACAUGCAGGACACCACUGGAACAGACGGAUCAGAAGCUGCAGUGGCCAAGUCUCUUUCGCUGUGAAUGACUUUGUGAGGGAUUAAAAGGUUUUUUAGGGUAAACCCAAAGCUGUUAGAUCAACCAAAUAAUGUGCAUGAUCUAUAAUGCAGUUUUUCCAGCUUUGCAUGUGAAAACAAGGACUUUUUUAAAUUUAACAGCACAAAACACGUCAGGUGAAGCUGACAAAAGAAAAAAAUCAGGCAGCAAGACAUAAAACAUGUAUCAGAGGUAGGGUUUCAUCAGAAUCUGGUUGAUUUAAAAAUGCUUCAUUUGUCCAACUCUUUCAACACAAAGUUGCCUUUGGAGGAGAUUAGUUUCUUCAAAAUAAGAAAAACUCCAGAUAUAAUAACCCUAAAAUACUUUCUUUCUAGAAAGACUUGAAGCCCUGAGAUGUUUGGUAAUCCUGAUGUCAGAACCUCACAGAGUACGAUGAUGCGUUUUGGACAGCAUCUGGAACACUCCAGAGUAGUUAUAUUGAGAAGAUCUUUUUUUAUGUCAUUUCUGGGACCGGAUCUGGCCUCAAAAUAACCCCUAUUGCAUUAAAAAGUCGGUCACAGACGACUUUUAGCAGACAGAUGUUUGUUUCUGUUUAAAUCCACCAACAGAUGAUUAUCACACAGAGGACGUUUGAGCUGCAGGAACUUUAGCGGAUCACUCUCUUCUUACUAAGGCCUUGUAGACUGAACUGUUUGUUUUUUCUGGCUUGUUUGUAGCUGACUAUAAAUGUUAGACGUGUCAAAUUCUGUAAUAAAAGUUUUUUCUAAAUAUA